UAGUAACAAAAAUCGUCAUAUCCGGUGCGCGGCUUGAAAACACGAACAAAACAUGAAUGGAAAGUGAAAAAGGAAUAGCCGAAACUGCAAAGCAAGCUGUCGAGCUAAGAAGAUAAUGUAACGUUAGCUGCUGCUGCUGACAACAGAAAAGCUUGACCUGUCAGUGGGCUCAAUUUUGAGGAUUCAAUCAUGCCGAUUUGUGAGAUCUGCAGCGAGGACAUAGCAUCUGAAGCAGAUAUGAAGACGCACCUUCUACUCAGUCACUUGGAAAAUGAAAUGCACUGUCCUUUCUGCUCCCUGUCCGGCGUUUCAUACGAUGAGCUCAGCUUUCACAUCAACACUGCUCAUGUAGAGACGACUAACACCCCCUCAGUAAAGGCCAGGGUGGCCCAUUGUGUUCCAGCUUGGACUAAUGACCGGGAAAAGCCUCGGACUGUGACUAGGAAAGAGGGACAUUGGGCAGAAAGUCUGCCUCCUGGAACCUUAUCCAGUCAGACGCCUGUGCCAGUUGCAGAGAGCAGCACAGAUGCUGCAGUGGGAUCUGUAUGUGGUACAAACAGUGCCACACACAGUCCUGAGGGUCGUACACACUCUAAGAACACCAAAGACCGGCAAGAAAGUUUAGAAGCGCAUGUUGCCAUUAAACAGAAGCGUCUGUCUUCUCCUCGGAAAGAAAAGCUGUUUCCUUGUCCGAUGUGCUCCCUUGUGUGCCAAGACUGCUUCAUUUUACAGGAACACGUGGAGUUGCACCUGCAGGAGUCAGCCAUGAAUGAAGGGGUGAAGCAGUACGAGUGCCCGCUGUGCUCCCUGCCCUUCCCCGACGCCUUCUCUUUGCAGGAACACGUAGAGCUUCAUCUGGAUAACGAUACAGAUGCAGCCAGGGGAGCAGAGAGUUCAUCAGACCUAACACUAGCCAGACAGCUCCAGAAGGAGGAGGAAGAGCAGCGGAAGCGGCAAGAGGCUAAACGUGAGGCGGAGGAAUUCAAGAAGCUGCAGAAACAGUUUGGUAUGGACGGGAGUGGUGGUUAUCGUAAACAGAUUGAGCGGAACAUGGAGAGGGCGGUUUCCCGCGGCAACAUGGUCCCUGCAGAGUUCCACAUAAAACGGGCAGAGCUGAUGGAGAGCCUGGCCACUGGCGUGGAUGAUGGGAAGACUAGAACGCCAGGAUUGAUGGGGGCAUUGUAUGACUACUUUCGGCGGGAGCCUCGGGACACGGUCCACGUGUGGCUCUGUGGAGAGACGGACCACUACUCCUCCUCCGAGGGGGAUAAGGGCUGGGGCUGUGGCUACAGAAACUUCCAGAUGCUUCUGUCAUCCCUCCACAAGCAGGAGCCAUACAAUAACAUCUUAUCUGACGUCCCCAUCCCCAACAUCCCUCGGGUGCAGGCCCUGAUAGAAGAGGCCUGGAAGCAGGGAGUAGACCCAGCCGGGGCGGCCCAUUUCAACCACCGCCUCCAGGGCACCCGGGCCUGGGUUGGCUCCACAGAGAUCUACUCUCUCUUCACCUCUCUCAGUGUCAAUGCUCGUGUUGUGGACUUCCACAAGCCCACGGGUCAGGGCGGGACGCACCCAUGCCUGUUUGACUGGGUGAAGCAGUACUUCUCCCAAUCGACCACACAAAACGGCAGACUACCUCCAAGGGUGGUGCAGACCUCUCUGCCCCCCAUCUACCUCCAGCACCAAGGCCACAGCCGCUCCGUGGUGGGCCUGGAGCAGAAGAGGAACGGCAGCCUGUGCCUGCUGCUCUUUGACCCCGGCUGCCCCCCCUCUGAGAUGGCCAGGCUGCUGGAGCGAGACUCGGCCGCUGUGUCCGCCGUCGUGCGGCGCAUGAGGAAGUUCCCCAGCCACCUGAAGCACCAGCAGUACCAGGUUCUGGUGGUGGAGGGCCUGCUGACGCCAGAACAGAAACAGAGGCAGAUUGUCAAUUCAAGGACGUUUCGUGCUGAUCGAAUCCCAUGAACAAAAUCCUGUUCUGUGUUUCCCAGAAAUGCUUUCUACUCAGGUUUUAAUGCAAAUGUUAUAGUGUUUUAAUUGUGUGUGAUUAAUAAUAAAUUAUGACCUUUUCUUA